CCUGCUGAGUUGAAUCGCCUCGGACCACAUCUCUUUUUCCAUGAUUAUGUAACCCUGACAUAUCCUGAAUCAGGACCACGACCUCCCCGGCCCACAAAAUGACAUUGACACCGAAAGAGAACCCAUAUCUUGCCCAUCGACGUCCCACUGAGUUGCAUACUACUUCAAGCUCUCUCAAUGGCGCCAGUGGCUCCUCGAGGGAACCUCUCUUUGGUUUUGUUCCCCGAAUGGUCAACGCGGAUCAAGUUCGCCAGGCAUUGGAAAAUGAUCUAAACCCAUUUACAAAGCAGCCCCAUACUGCACAGUAUAAAAAGAUCCUCGAAGCCCGUAAAAAGCUCCCUGUGUUUGCACAGAUGACAGAGUUCUACAAGAUAUUCAAUAAACACCAAAUUAUCGUCAUGGUCGGCGAGACCGGCUCAGGCAAGACCACGCAAAUACCUCAGUUUGUCGCCUACUCCGAUCUUCCGCAUACCAGGAAUAAGAUUGUGGCAUGUACUCAGCCCCGCAGAGUCGCUGCCAUGUCUGUGGCUAAGCGCGUCGCGGAUGAGAUGGAUGUCCAACUCGGCCGACAGGUCGGUUACUCCAUACGUUUCGAAGACAUGACAGAACCCGGCACUACCUUCCUCAAAUACAUGACUGACGGAAUGCUCCUCCGCGAAGCUAUGAACGACCCUGAUCUCAACCGUUACUCCACUAUCAUCCUCGACGAGGCCCACGAACGCACCCUUUCCACCGACAUCCUCAUGGGCAUUCUCAAAACCCUCGCCCAACGCCGUCCAGACCUCAAGCUCAUUAUCAUGUCCGCCACUCUCGACGCCCUCAAGUUCCAGAAGUAUUUCGCUGUCUCCGGCGACACCCCCGCCCCGCUCUUUAAGGUCCCCGGCCGUACCCAUCCCGUCGAGGUGUUCUACACCCAGGAACCAGAACCAGACUACGUCGAGGCUGCCAUUCGCACUGUGCUCAUGAUUCAUCGUGCCGAGGAGCCGGGUGAUGUCCUAUUGUUCCUGACGGGUGAGGAGGAGAUCGAGGAUGCGUGUCGCAAGAUCAAGCUCGAGGCGGACGACCUCGUCAACUCUGACCCCGAGAGUGUAGGCCCGCUCGUGUGCAUUCCGCUCUACUCGUCACUACCGCCGCAACAGCAACAGCGCAUAUUUGACCCGCCGCCAAAAGCUGGCAGUCCGGACGGCCCUCCAGGCCGUAAGGUCGUGGUGAGCACGAACGUCGCGGAGACGUCGCUAACGAUCGAUGGGAUUGUGUACGUCGUCGACCCAGGGUUUUCUAAGCAGAAGGUGUACAACCCGCGCAUCCGCGUGGAGAGUUUACUUGUGAGCCCGAUCUCCAAGGCGUCGGCGCAGCAGCGUGCGGGUCGGGCUGGGAGAACGAGGCCGGGCAAAUGCUUUAGGUUAUACACGGAGAAGGACUUUAUGUCGGAGCUUGAGGAGCAGACACAUCCAGAAAUUUUGAGGAGUAAUUUGGCGAAUACGGUGCUGGAGCUUGUCAAGGCCGGGAUUAAGGAUCUCGUCAAAUUUGACUACGUGGACGCACCAGCACCAGAGACAUUGAUGAGGGCGUUGGAGCUAUUGAACUACCUCGCGGCGUUGGAUGAUGAGGGGAAUCUCACGCCUCUGGGGAGUAUCAUGGCAGAGUUCCCUCUAGAUCCACAACUCUCAAAGAUGCUGAUUGUCAGUCCGGAGUUUAAAUGCAGCAACGAGAUCUUGACGAUCACUGCAAUGCUGUCAGUACCAAAUGUAUGGCUACGGCCGAACAACCAACGAAAAGAAGCAGAUGCUGCAAAGGCGCUACUUACCGUCCCCGAUGGCGAUCACCUAACGCUUCUGAACGUGUACAAUAACUACACUCAAAACCAGUACGACAAAAACUGGACCUGGAACAACUACCUCUCUGCUCGAGCACUCAUGCAAGCUGACAACGUGCGCGAACAGCUGAAACGAACGAUGGAACGGUUUGAGGUGGAGCUCGUGAGCGUGCAAGAUCAGAAGAAGAUGUACAUGGCGAUCAGACAGGCAUUGUGCUGCGGGUUUUUCAUGCAAGUCGCGCAUAAGGAGGGGGAGAAGGGGAAUUAUAUGACCGUGAAGGAUAACCAAGUCGUGGCGCUGCAUCCAUCGUGCGGGCUUGAUACGCAACCAGAGUGGGUGAUAUUUAACGAGUUUGUGCUCACGACGAGACCGUAUAUACGGAUUGUCACGGAUGUCCGACCAGAGUGGCUCCUUGAGUACGCACCCUUGUACUUUGAUUUGAAGAACUGGCCAGACAGCGAAACAAAGCGCGCAUUGGUGAGGGCUGCUAACAAGCGGGCGGGCAAGUUUGGGGCGCGAUUAGAGGAGCCGGAGGGAUCAGUAGAGGGAGGAAGGGAGGUGAAGAAGAGGAAGAAGAAUAAGAUGCAGUAAGUGGACUCGUACUAGGAGGGUCGCUUUUGCGGUGUGCUAUGUGUGAUCUCUUUAUUAUUUGCAUUCGGUCUAGAAUUAUUAGGGGAGUUCACAGCUGCGUUGGCGGUUUUUUUCGCACGUUCAGAAACGUUUUGAGGUCUGAAAAAUACCGGGAAACGUUGGUCGAACGUGAUACUAUCCCUUACGAUCUAUUCGUGAUGGACCGUCAUUUCGUGAGUCACGCUUUUUCGCGGU